AUGGGUAGCAUAUCGCUAGUGAACCCCUUUCAGGAUGUCCCAGCGGGCCGAACAGAGGGCCUCCAAGCUCUCGUUGAGCAGUUCAGAGCCGACACCGAUCCCAACAGAACCGACCUCCUUGUGGGCGUGUAUAAAACCGAAGAAGGGAAGGCAUACGUGUUGCCAAGUGUGAAAGAGGCAAAGGAGAGAAUAUUCAACGAUCCUGAUUGGCAUCAUGAGUAUCGCCCUUCAGCUUUGGGCUCCCAGAUUUACAGGGACUUAACUGCCAAAUUGCUUUUCGGACCAGAUCAUCGUCUUUUACAAGAGAAAAGAAUAGUUUCAACGCAGACACUCGGCGCAAGUGGUGGAUGUCAUGUCGGCGCAGUUGUGUUGAAACAUCAUUAUGGGCCGUGGAAGCAGUCCGGAAAUGCAGAGAUUUUCCUUCCUAGCGAGACCUGGCUAAACCAUCCUUUUGUGUUCGAAUCGGCGGGAAUCAAACCCAGCUUUUUGCCGUAUUUCAGCAGCAAAACAAACGCAUUUGACUUUGCAAGGUUUGCAGAGGCCAUCAAUUCAUUGCCAGCUCAGUCUGUUGUUCUUCUCCAAUCAGGAGCCCAGAACCCAACUGGAUGUGACCCAUCGCGGGAUCAGUGGCGAGAAUUGGCCUCUAUUUUCUCCCAGCGGGGCCAUUUGGCAUUUUUCGAUGCUGCAUAUCCUGGAUUUGCCUCGGGCGACAUCGACACAGAUCUUGAAGGUGUGCGACUGUUUGCCGAGCAAGAAAUCCCACUUAUCUUUGUCUCGACAUACGGGAAAUCAUUUGGGCUUUACAGCGAACGCGUUGGAAUUCUCUCGAUUCUCGCUCCAAGCGAAGAAGUGGGAAAGAGAUUGGAGUCGCAUUUGAAAUUACUAGCCCGAUCAGAGAACGGCGCACCGCCCGACUUCGGAUCCAAGAUCAUUGAAACCGUUCUAUCGGAUGAGGUUUUGGAGCGCCAAUGGCGACAAGAAGUCCGCGAAAUGGCAGAUCAACUUAAGCAUCGUCGACAUGCGCUGAGGGAAGGAUUGGAGAAAUUGGAAACACCAGGUAACUGGCAGCAUAUCACUGACCAGAACGGAAUGUUUUCAUAUGUUGGACUCUCCGUGGAACAAGUCACACUUCUCCGGGACAAGUACCAUGUUUAUCUUCAGGACUCUGGAAGAAUCUCUAUCGCUGGGCUAAACAAAUUCAAUGUCGAUUACACUGCCCGUAGUAUUAGUGCUGUUGUCAAAGCGACAACACCUAACUGA